AUGGCCUUCACCGUCGUCAACGGGCAGAUCUAUACCCCCGGGUUGGCGAUUGUCGACGCGCCGCAGCCCAACACUCCGCUGGGCGGAGGCAAGUACCGCUUCGUCCCAGUCCAUACGCUUCACGUCGCCAUCGACGUCUCCGGCAACGGUCAGCUCUCGUCCGACUCCUCGUCGGGCACCGAAUUCCACCACAUCAACCUCUUCCUCACAUCUACCGACACCUCUAAGAACUUCACCAUCUCCAAUGGCACCUCGACGGACUCGGAUGCCUACGUCGGCCCAGUCCUCGACUUGGAGCCUUCGUCCACCGUGAAACAUGUCGACUGGACGUGGCCGGACUGUCUCGUGGGUGAUGGUCAAGGGGGCUCCGGUUCCGCGCGAGGCAAAUACAACAUCUCCAUGCACCAGUCCUUCCGGUGGAAUGGGACGGACUACUACACGGUGUUCGACCUGCCCAUCUCGGUGUCCAACAGCAUCGAGAAGUCGGACGAUCGGGUAGACUGCAAGUUGGUGGAGAAUGACCUGCUCGAACCCCAGGAGGUGGCUGCCAGCAACGCUUCCUUACCCGGUCAGCCGUGGAUCAACGGGGGAGCAAGCAGCAGCCAGGGUAAUGACGAUCAAGACGAUGAUGCGAACAGUCGUGCCAGUCAGACGCAGCCCGGUCUUAGGCAAUGGGGACUGUUUGCACUGCUGGUGGGCGGACUGCUGUGGCUCUGA